UAUGCUGCAAUUCUUCCCUUUUCCCCUCCUUCCUUUCCUUCUUUCUAUUAAGCAAAAUUCUGCUAGUUUUUUUAGUUCUUGUUAUUAAUUUUAGUCAUGUUGUCAACUAUUCCGACUACCUUUCCGGCCACCGGCUCUUUGCUCGGAGAUCCAUUUCCGUCUUUCGAAGCUGGCUUCACCCCGUGGGAUGAUUAUGCUCAAUUCUUUGAGUAUAAUCAAGACUCACAAAACUCAUCACCAAAACCGGUCGGUUCGAGCACCGGUUCUGUUGAACCGAACGAACAGAACCUGUCCGAUCCAACUCCUGCCGACUCUAAUUCCAGCUCUGACCGUGAACCAAACCAGACUGCGGUUUCGGUUAUUGAUGACCGGAAAAGGAAAAGGAUGAUAUCGAACCGGGAGUCAGCCAGACGAUCAAGGAUGCGAAAACAGAAGCACUUAGAAAACUUAAGGAACCAAGUGAGCCGGCUAAGAGUUGAGAACCGGGAUUUAACGAACCGGUUGCGAUUUGUAUUGUACCAUAGCCAAAGUUUACGAAGAGAGAACGAUCAACUCCGGUCUGAACAUAGUAUGUUAAGACAAAAGCUGUCGAACAUACGUCAAAUUUUGUUGUUCAGGCAACUUCAACAAUUCACGUCUGCAUGGCCAUGCAAUAAUAUAAUCACCAAUGAACAACAAAUCUCAUCAUCGCUAAUCACUUCAUAAUUAAGCUAUUAAUAAAUAAUCAUCGAUCAAUGUUUGAAAAUGAAGUUUUGAACAAGGGAACAAAGAGCAAUGUUUUUCUCUCUCUCUAGCUUCUCUCUCUAGACUCAGUGUAAAUGAAAAAUGGUGGGGUUCUUUUUAUUAAUUAGAGGGGUGGAUUUUUGAUGGUAAAGGGUAUUUUUGGAAAGUAUAUAUUAUCAGUUUUUGGUGAAAGCAAAGUUCAUAUGUGGUGUAUAAAGCUAGUUAGUGUUUGGCUUAUUAUAUAAAAGCAUUAAAAGUAGUUUCGGCCAUUGGCUUUUUCUUCUUUUGGUUUUAGAAAUGAUUAAAUUAAACUA